AUGGAUUUCCAUACAGAGAUACUGAUCUGUUCCGACCUCCCUCUCGUCACUAAUGGAUACGUUUUCUACACUGCUGGAUUCCCUGACAACAGAUCUCUCUAUUCUGGAGCUACCUACACGUGCAAUCCUGGCUACACUCUCAUUGGAGGGAGCACCACCAGGACCUGUGUAAGUGGAGGGAUCUGGAGUGGGUCACCUCCAACUUGUCAAUACAUAGGGCUCACUACUGCUCCACCCAUCACCUGCUCUGACCUGAUUAAUCCGACCAAUGGAACGAUCGGCUAUGAUAUGGGGACUGCUAGUUCAAGACCAGUGUACACGGUGGCCACCUACACCUGUGACACUGGAUACACUCUCAAUGGAGACACUACCAGGACUUGUAGGAGUGAUGGAAUUUGGAGUGGAUCAAGUCCAGUUUGUCAGCAGAUACUGAUCUGUUCCGACCUCCCUCUCGUCACUAAUGGAGACGUUUUCUACACUGCUGGAUUCCCUGACAACAGAUCUCUCUAUUCUGGAGCUACCUACACGUGCAAUCCUGGCUACACUCUCAUUGGAGGGAGCACCACCAGGACCUGUGUGAGUGGAGGGAGAUGGAGUGGGUCACCUCCAACUUGUCAAUGUGAGUUUUGUAACUCGUACACAGUUUGCAUUUCGUGUAUAGACAUAGGGCUCACUACUGCUCCACCCAUCACCUGCUCUGACCUGAUUAAUCCGACCAAUGGAACGAUCGGCUAUGAUAUGGGGACUGCUAGUUCAAGACCAGUGUACACGGUGGCCACCUACACCUGUGACACUGGAUACACUCUCAAUGGAGACACUACCAGGACUUGUAGGAGUGAUGGAAUUUGGAGUGGAUCAAGUCCAGUUUGUCAGCAGAUACUGAUCUGUUCCGACCUCCCUCUCGUCACUAAUGGAGACGUUUUCUACACUGCUGGAUUCCCUGACAACAGAUCUCUCUAUUCUGGAGCUACCUACACGUGCAAUCCUGGCUACACUCUCAUUGGAGGGAGCACCACCAGGACCUGUGUGAGUGGAGGGAGAUGGAGUGGGUCACCUCCAACUUGUCAAUGUGAGUUUUGUAACUCGUACACAGUUUGCAUUUCGUAUAUAGACAUAGGGCUCACUACUGCUCCACCCAUCACCUGCUCUGACCUGAUUAAUCCGACCAAUGGAACGAUCGGCUAUGAUAUGGGGACUGCUAGUUCAAGACCAGUGUACACGGUGGCCACCUACACCUGUGACACUGGAUACACUCUCAAUGGAGACACUACCAGGACUUGUAGGAGUGAUGGAAUUUGGAGUGGAUCAAGUCCAGUUUGUCAGCAGAUACUGAUCUGUUCCGACCUCCCUCUCGUCACUAAUGGAGACGUUUUCUACACUGCUGGAUUCCCUGACAACAGAUCUCUCUAUUCUGGAGCUACCUACACGUGCAAUCCUGGCUACACUCUCAUUGGAGGGAGCACCACCAGGACCUGUGUAAGUGGAGGGAUCUGGAGUGGGUCACCUCCAACUUGUCAAUACAUAGGGCUCACUACUGCUCCACCCAUCACCUGCUCUGACCUGAUUAAUCCGACCAAUGGAAUGAUCGGCUAUGAUAUGGGGACUGCUAGUUCAAGACCAGUGUACACGGUGGCCACCUACACCUGUGACACUGGAUACACUCUCAAUGGAGACACUACCAGGACUUGUAGGAGUGAUGGAAUUUGGAGUGGAUCAAGUCCAGUUUGUCAGCAGAUACUGAUCUGUUCUGACCUCACUCUCACCAAUGGAGAUAUUGUCUACACUGCUGGAUUCCCUGACAACAGAUCUCUCUAUUCUGGAGCUACCUACACGUGCAAUCCUGGCUACACUCUCAUUGGAGGGAGCACCACCAGGACCUGUGUGAGUGGAGGGAUUUGGAGUGGGUCACCUCCAACUUGUCAAUACAUAGGGCUCACUACUGCUCCACCCAUUACCUGCUCUGACCUGAUUAAUCCGACCAAUGGAACGAUCGGCUAUGAUAUGGGGACUGCUAGUUCAAGACCAGUGUACACUGUGGCCACCUACACCUGUGGCACUGGAUACACUCUCAAUGGAGGCAGCACCACCAGGGUCUGUGUAAGUGGAGGGAAGUGGGAUGGUGCUGCUCCUCACUGUCCACCUGUGCAUUGUGGGACUCCUCCGCCUAUUACCAAUGGAUCUCCUGGGACACCAACAACCACAACAUUCACAGGGACAGUGACCUACAGCUGUGUCAGUGGAUACUGGAUCUCUCGUGGAGUCACCACAGCAAUUGCCACCUGUAAGGCUGACAAUACCUGGGGACCUCUACCAACUUGUAAACUUGUGGAUUGUGGCUCUCCUCCCCCUGGUAUCAAUGUCUUUCCUGUGGCUCCGAUCAGAACAAUCUACCAAGUGACAGUCCUCUACACCUGUGACAGUGGGUAUGAGGUCUCUAAUGGAGUCACCACAGCAACAGCUACCUGUGAGACUACUGGCGAUUGGGAACCUCUACCAACUUGUACAAUUGUGGACUGUGGUGAACCUCUCACUAUUCCCAAUGGAUCUCCUGAGACACCAACCAUCACAACAUUUGGAGGGACAGUGUAUUACACGUGUAACGUAAGAUUUCUCAUAUCAGGAUCAGCCACUGUGACUUGUGAGGCUAGUGGGAGUUGGAGCAAAAGACCAACUUGCUCAGCCAUCUGCAAUGACCAACAAAUUGAAAAUGGUAACAUCAUCUACAAUCAUGAUACCACACCGAGAUCAGAGGGAGCCAUUGCUGUGUACUCGUGUAUGUCUGGUUACCAGCUGUCAGGUGUGAGCACUAGGAUCUGUGUGGACAGUCACAGAGGAAUGGGUGGUGCGUGGACUGGAUCAAUACCAAGUUGUAUAGCAAUCUGUGAUAGCAUCACCCUCGCCCAUGGAGUGAUCAGCUAUAGUCCAUCUACUACUCCCAGACUAGAGGGAGGUGUGGCUAUACACAGCUGUGGUGAGGGGUACGGACUGUCUCCUAGCAUGAGAGCAAAAACAUGUCAGCCUGACAGGACAUGGAGUGGAGAGAACAUCACUUGCCAACGUAUCAUGUGCGCUGCUCUCCUUAAUGUUACAAAUUGGACCAUUGAUUACUCUAGUGGUACUACUGCACCGUAUGACUAUGGAACAACAGCUACUUAUCAAUGCAACUAUGGACAUAUGUUAACAAGUGGAAGAGACAGAGUGAGGACCUGUACUGGUGAUGGUAGCAGUCGUAGUGGUCGGUGGAAUGGAACUGCUCCUCAAUGUCCACCUGUGGACUGUGGGGCUCCUCUGUCUAUUACUAAUGGAUCUCGUGGGAUACCAACAACCACAACAUUCACAGGGACAGUGACCUACAGCUGUGUCACUGGAUAUUGGAUCUCUCCAGGAGUCACCACAGCAACGGCUACCUGUAUGGCUAAUAGGACCUGGGGACCUCUACCAACUUGUCAACUUUUGGAUUGUGGCUCUCCUCCCACUGUUCUCAAUGCAUCUCCUGGAACACCCACCAGAACAACCUACCAAGGGACAGUGACCUACACCUGUGACAGUAGAUAUAAAGUCUCCAAUGGAGUCACCAAAGCAACGGCUACCUGUCAGGAUAACGGAAACUGGAGACCUCUACCAACUUGUACAAUUGUGGACUGUGGCCUUCCUCCCACCAUUAUCAAUGGAUCUCCUGGGACACCAACCAGCACAACAUUUGAAGGGACAGUGUCUUACACAUGCAACAAUAGAUAUUACAUGUCGGGAUCAGCCACUGUGACUUGUGAGGCUAGUGGGAGUUGGAGCACAAGACCAACUUGCUCAGACAUUGUGUGUCCUCCUCUACCAACCAUUACCAAUGGUAUGAUCUCCUACUCUCCUGAUGUCACCCCUGACUAUGACCUGGGAACUAAUGCAACCAUCACUUGUGAGGCUGGGUUCUAUCUUGAGGGUAAUGAGGUACGAGUGUGUAUGGAUGAUGAUGGAAUGUGGAGUGGUCGGGAGCCAAGCUGUGUCCCUAUUGAAUGUCCUCCUCUACUGACCGUUACUAAUGGAGUUAUCACCUACGCUCCCGGCAACACACCUGCCUAUGGUCUGGGUAUUGUGGCCACUUAUGCCUGUGACGCUGGGUUUGUUCUGGACCUCUCCCUGGGAGGAUCUGAGAUGAGAACUUGUGUUGAUAAUGGACUGGAUGCUAUUGGAAUUUUUGAUAGACUGGCUCCAAUAUGUGCCCCCAUUGAAUGUCCUUCUUUACCGGAUAUUACAAAUGGCAUGGUAUCCUACGAAUCUGACAAUUUGGAUAGCUUAGCCCUGGGAGCUGUGGCCACCUACAGCUGUACCGCUGGGUUCUUCCUGGAUGUUUCUGAAGGAGAUGAAUUUAGGGUCUGUUUGGACAAUGAUGGAAUGGGCACCAUUGGAGUGUGGAGUGGUCAGGAGCCAAGCACCAUUGGAGUGUGGAGUGGUCAGGAGCCAAGCUGUGUCUCCGUUCCCCCUCCUGUACGCUCAGUGUUGUUCCAACUCAGACUCACAAACAUCAACAACUGUCCUGACUGGGUGGACCAGGAUGGGAGGAUAGAAGCUGUAAUGAGUGAGUUUGCUACCGAGGUGGAGAGUCACUGUGGGUGUGGUUUCUUAAGCAUGGUCAUGACUGCCCCUCUCUUCCGCUGCUUCCCUGGGUCGGACAAAGCUGUCACAUUCCGAGCCACUCUAACCGAUUCCAGGCUCCUCACUCCCAUACAGGACUGGAUACAAACCAAUGGAUUCAUUCCCAUUCAGAAUGUACUGAUUGAGGUGGACAAGUCUUGUCCGGUGCAGGUAUCCAGCUUUACAGACACAGAGUGCACCAACCAGCCUACAGCUGCAGGGAGCAGUGACAUAGCCGCUGUGGUUGGGGGAGUAGUGGAAGGAGUUGUAGGAGUGGUCAUUGUCCUCAUCAUUGUGGUUGGUAUUGUUGUCAUAGUGAUUGCUGUACUGGUGUUCAAAAGCAGGAGAGAGAAGCUGACCGUCAACAAAACAACGAAACCUGAUCUACCACCAGUGUCACUAAAGGGUGUGGUCAACACUGGUGAGAUACAAUCGUACGAGAUGAUGGAAAUGGGUCACGAAUACGAGGAAGUGUCCAAGUUCCAACGAGCCAUCGGUGGAGAAUAUGAGAUCAUUGGAGCACCCUCACAGACAACUGGCUCCGAGAGCAAAACUCUUAUAAAGACCGAGCUAUCACCACCCACUCCACCCACACCACAACCCUCACAAGCGACUAAGCCUGCCAGAAAUGAUACUGACUUUACAGAGUGCAUUGCUUACAGCAGUGCACGACCACCCACAGUUGCCCCCCACACCCUACAGGCUUAUGAACUAUAACAUGAAACUGCAAACUGAUAGAAAUUGUGUUGACUGCUCUAGCAAUUUAAUGAUACAGCUUGUAUUUGCAUGCAUAGGCCUUUUUUUUGGCUAUUACAAACUUAUGUUCAAAGAUCUUUGGUCUGCAUUUGCAUUUACACGU